AUGUCGACCGAUCUCGAGUGCGGGUCUGAGAGGCUGGGCCGCUACACAUGCAAGGAUGCCCCACGCCCGAGUGUGUGCUGCGCCAACGGCUGCUGCGCCAUCUCACCUUAUGAGGUGGACAUAUACACGGGACUGCCGCUGUGGCUGCGCAUUGCCGUGGCAAUUUUGGCUGGUUUGGUCAUGGUGCUGCUGUUCGUUUUUUGCCUCUAUCGCGAUCGCCGCGCCCUGCGCGCGUACAGACUUCUCGAUAACGAGAUGGUGGAAGAACGACGGCAGCAGCUGCAACAGGAAGAGCUUCAGGCGCUUCAUCCCACCGAACCGCGGCAUGGCGAGAAUGAAGCUUCGCGCAUGCCGGACGCACAGAGCUACCCACCGCUCCGCCGCGCAGCAUGA